UCUCUCUCUUUCUUUAAACACUAUAAGAGGUACCCCUUAUUAUUCAAGUCUUCGUUCAACCAUCCCCGCCCCCUUUUUCUGAACAACUUUUUCUUUAUUUCCAUACCCCACCAUCGAUAGUUCAGUCAUCGUUUACUCGGUCCUCCUUCGCACACAGUCAACCAGUUUAGGUGACAAUUGAAAAUCAAAAUCAUAAUAAAAAAUCCCCAUGUUUCAAUCUCAUAACCCUCUUUCCUAGAACCAUCAAUUUCUUAUUAUUUUAGUUUCGGAAAUUCAUACCAUGUUAGAAGAAGACGACACCCAUUCACCUUCACCAACACCAACACCACCACCACAGCUGCCACCGGCAGCCGGAGACACCCGGAAGAUAUACUCCAGGUCAGUCUCAUGGGCUGCCGGAAAAGCGAGGGCCAGUUUGCCCCCACUUCAGCCGCUUUCAGUUACCAGGCCCAAGGCCCAAGAGUGGCCCACUGCAGGAUCUGAUGAUCUCGGUGUGUGGCCCAAUAUCACCGCCACCUGCACCACCCCCGGUGCUAGAGCGAGUGCUAGACCACCUACACCACUGUUGGAUUUAAACACCGGAAAACCCCCCAGAGAAUUCGAGUUUAAGAAAGAUAAACUUGCGUUUUUUGAUAAAGAAUGUUCUAGAAUUAUAGAUCACGUGUUUUUAGGGAGUGAUGCUGUUGCAAAAAACCGUGAUGUCCUUCGAAAAAAUCAUAUCACACAUGUCUUGAAUUGUGUGGGUUUUGUGUGUCCGGAAUAUUUCAAAAAAGAUUUAGUCUACAAAACAUUGUGGCUUCAAGACAAUCCGUCUGAGGAUAUCACUUCUAUUUUGUACGAUGUUUUUGACUACUUUGAGGAUGUCCGUGAGCAAAACGGCCGCGUUUUUGUGCAUUGUUGUCAAGGGGUGUCACGGUCAACAUCUUUGGUCAUAGCCUAUCUUAUGUGGAGAGAAGGCGAAAGCUUUGAGACCGCCUUUCAGCGCGUGAAAGCGGCUAGAGGCGUCACGAACCCCAACAUGGGGUUCGCGAGCCAGCUGUUACAGUGUCAAAAACGGGUUCAUGGUGUGCCGGUUAGCCCGAAUUCGGUUUUGAGGAUGUAUAGGAUUGCGCCGCACUCGUCUUAUGCGCCGCUUCAUUUGGUGCCCAAGUUGUUGGCGAGGCCGGGUGCUAUGGCGCUUGAUUCGCGUGGGGCGUUUAUUGUUAAUGUUCCGUCGGCUGUUUAUGUUUGGGUUGGGAAGAAGUGUGAUUCGUUGAUGAGUGAAAGUGCGAGGUUAGGUGCGUCACAGGUUAUAAGAUAUGAGAAGGCGAAUGGGCCUGUGUUGACCGUUAAGGAAGGUGAAGAGCCGAGUGAGUUCUGGAAUGCAGUCGCUGAAGAUCAAGUAGGUAGAUGUAGAGUAGGUGAAAGGAAGGUUGUUGAUUACGACAUAGAUUUCGCGGUUUUUGAUAAGGCUGCGAAUAGCGGUGUGGUCCCGCCUUUCUCGGUGUCGGGGAAUGACUACGAGAUGUGUUUGCCAGCUAGGCGAAGCGGGUGGGAAAGGUUGAGAAGGAAGUUUGCUACUGGGAUCAUGAAGGAUUUGAUCGCACCAUCGAAAGAAACUUUAGCGCCUUCUGAUUCACCGGUUUCUUGUUCUUCUUGGGCGAAAAACGAGGAUGAUAACAGUGAAUGUAUGUCAAUGUCACCGGAGUCAUUUUCUUCGUAUCUUGUUAACGAUGCAAGAAAGUUUGAUAGUAUGUCACCUUCGAUCUCACCUACAACAUCGGAUUACUCAAAUUCGUUAUCGUUUUCACCCACAUGGUCUGAUUUUUCUGCCUCAGAUCCUAGUCCGAAUCGUAAACUUGGAAAUAUUACACCUUGCCCGAAGAAUCUGGUCAGAACAUGGUCGUUUACGUUGGAGGAUCAAAGCAUGGAAUGCGUUGAAGGUGACGAUGAGGAAGAGGGGCAGGGGCAGGAGUCUAUGUUUAAAGCCGAAAACCAAGUGCAGAGUAAAAAUGACCACAAUGACGAAAAUGACCCUGAUUUCGUUCUAUAUCAUUGGCCGAAUAUGGAGAGAGUCGAGAUGGGUAGUUUGGGGAUUCCUGAUUCCCGAUCGGUGUAUAUAACGCAUUUCGUGAAUGUUGUGUAUAUUUGGGUGGGGCGUGAAUUCGGGGAUGAUCAAAUCGGGUGGCAAUCGGUUGGCCAUGAUUUUCUUGUCAAGAAAGGGUUGAAUACAAGCUCUGAUAUUCAGAUAGUUAGAGAAGGGGAAGAACCAGAGCAACUAUGGAAACAUCUGCAUUGUUUCUCCUUCCAGAACACAGCAGAGAAUCAAGACAAAGGCAAAACAGAUAUCAUAUAGUUAAUAUAUAUUUAUAUAAAUAUAUGGUUUACAUUACAGGAAUCCUGUACAGUUUUUAAACUUAAUUUAAAGAAUAAUACUUUUCAGUU